GGGCGGGAGCGCGCGGCUCGUCGCCGCCGCCGCCGGGCUGCCAGGCACGGCUCGGCUCGGCGCGGCUCGGCUCGGCUCGGCUCGGCUGGGCUCGGCACGGCUCGGCGCAGCCCGGCACCGCCCGCCGAGCCCCCCGCCCGCCUCCCGCCCACCCCCGCGCCGCCAUGGACGGGGGCGCCUUCGGAGCGGGGAAAGCCGGCGGCGCCUUCGACCCGCAAGCCUUCAUCCGGCAGCCGCACACCCUCCUGCGGCUCCUCUCCUGGGUGUUCUCCAUUGUGGUGUUUGGCUCCAUUGUCAAUGAAGGAUACGUGAACCGCCUGGACGAGACACAAGAGCACUGCAUUUUCAACCGCAAUCGCAAUGCCUGCAACUAUGGCAUUACCGUGGGUGUCCUCGCCUUCCUCAGCUGCCUUCUUUACCUGGCUCUAGAUGCCUACUUCCCGCAGAUCAGCAGCGUCAAGGACCGCAAAAAGGCAGUGCUCUCAGACAUCGGAGUCUCUGCCUUUUGGGCAUUCCUCUGGUUUGUUGGCUUCUGCUUUCUGACCAACCAGUGGCAAGCUUCAAAAGAAGAGGACAACCCAAUGAAUGAGGGAGGGGAUGCAGCCCGAGCAGCCAUCACAUUCUCGUUCUUCUCCAUCUUCACCUGGGUGGGCCAGGCAUUCCUGGCGUAUCAGCGUUUCCAGCUGGGUGCCGAUUCGGCCCUCUUCUCCCAGGACUACAUGGACCCAAGCCAGGACUCCGGCAUGCCUUAUGCUCCCUACACGAACGAGGAGGAUGCUACAGAUGCGGUCGGGACGUACCAGCAGCCCCCUCCAGCAGAUGCUUUCGACACCGAGACACAGGGGUACCAAACGCAGAACUACUGAGCCACCGACGCCCCUUUCCCUUCUCCCUUCCCUUUUGCCCCCUUUCCCACUGCCGGCAGAAAGCCGAGGCACAAACCAGACAUGUGCGUAGUGGCACAAGAGGUAGCUCUCAGCUAUGCUCCGGCCUUCUGGGUCAUCUGUUUUUAUUUAUCAUUUGUAAAAAAGGAAAAAAAAGAAAAAAAGGUUUCCCCAUCACCUUUUCCUUCUCCUCCCCCCCAAAACUACCCGCCAGAACCAAAUUCUUCCCAAAUCUGUCACCAUGUUGCAACAGGAAGGUUCCACCUUCCCUCCUCUCCCUCCUGCCUUGCUGUGGAGGGCAGAGUCUGGCUGGUGGGCAGGAGAGGGGCAAUGGCACCAGCAGGGCAGGGGAGAGGGUGCUGGAGCCAGAAGGAAAGGGGUGAGAGGGACUGGGGACCUUCCUAGAAGAGACGGUAUUGCUAAAGGCUGGAGUAGACAUGGGAGCAUCCAAAUCGGGCCAGAGGGCCUGGUGGCUCAGGGAGGGGGAUGGUGUUGGAGUCAGCAUGCAGGCGUGCAAGGGUGGAGGGGGGCUUGAGGGGAGCGGGAAUGUUGUUCCCUGUGCAAAGAUGGGGGGACUUUUCUCUCCCACUCACUAGUGAGGGAGGGGCGCUUUAUUUUUAGAGGGUUUGGGGAGAAGUGGUAAUGGGGAGGGAGUACAAAGAGAUAAAAUGGGAAGGAAAGGAGGAAGAUUUGCAGGUACAAUCAAAAACCACAGGCAUGUGUGUAGUUUGUAGCAGGAGACUCAGCAGAGCAGAAGGGCAGUGCCAUGACAGUCACUCCUUCCCCAGCCCCCUUGGAUUGAGGUGGAAGUGGUUCUCCUCAUCAGUAUGUCCUGCUUGCCCCUCUUCUCAGACCAGUGUUUGGUGAGGCGGGAGGGGAGCUGUGCCCAGUCCCUGGCCCCCAGGCACAGUCCCUGUGGGAGGAAGGAUGGGCUUCUGGGGGGCCAUGAGAGCCCUCAUUCUUGGCUGGACUGGUUCGAGGGGCAGAGUGGAGCUUUGCCAUUUCACCCUGGGCAGGUGGAGGAGAAGAAAGCCAGUUUCGCUUCUUGGAUCCUGCUGAACCCUCCUCUGUUCCUCUGCUACCACAGUGCAAAACCUCUUGCUGACACCAUCUUUGUAGCACACAGGAACGGAGCAGGACUCCUCCUGGAAAGAAAUACCGCUGCUGGGACAGCCAGCAUGCAUCUGACUCUUGCACAGGGGUGCAACCAAGCGGGGAAGGGUCCUGCCCUGCAUGGCUACACUUUGCCUCCCACUUGGAUGGGGAGGAGGUCUUAGUGUGCAGAGAAUUGUUUGGGACCAGACUGAGCUCUCUGAAAACUGGUCUUACUGUACUUGCUAUAGACUAUACCUUAGUGCAUCUUCUGCAGCGUCUCAAAUCCUGGCUGUCUUUAAAGCCUCACCUAGGUGGCAGUAGUGACUCUUGGAUAGAGCUUGCAUGGACAUCAUUCCACACUCCUCACAAUUUUGCUUCAGGUAAAGACACAGCUCUGGAAGCACACUGUUUAAUCCAGGAUAGAAGUAAUGUCUCUGCAUGAAGACAGUCCCUAAGGGGAAUAAUUCAGCAAUAGCCACCUGAACAAUUCUCCCCAGCACAAGACAUCUCUCAGAGCACAAGAAGCAGGGAAGGCCUUGCAGCAGUGAGGAGCUCCAUCCCCUGGGCAGCCAUCCUGCUACACACAACGCUGGCCCCAGUAACGAGAUCGGGAGGAGAUCCAAAAACCAUAGCUGCUUCUCUUGAGCAUCCAGCCUAUUCCCUGUAGCACCCUUAGCAAUCAGGAAGAUGGGACACAGGUCUGGUCUCUGGUUGUGUAAACAUCUCAUCUGGAGGACACUGAGGUUACCAGUCCUUCCCCUCAUCCCAGCACAACUCCUCUGCACCUGCCCCACAACGAUAGGGAAGGGGUAGAAAAACAUAGCACUGCAGGCCCCGAAGGGAAGGAGGGGGGCAGUUGUUCUCUGCUGUAUAUCGGCACCAUUUCUACCUGCUCCCACCAGCAGACUUGUGCUGCUGGUGGCUCUCCCCAUGGCUUGGCCCGUCCUCUCCAUGGCUUGGCCCCCCCUUGCCAGUGGUUAACCACUGGUGAGGUUGGAUGAAGGGGACCAGCCAGCCCCAUGGACACACCAGGAGGGGCUGGGCAUACAUCCCUUGCUCUGUGGCUACAAGUGAAAGCAAUACUGUAAAUAGGAGGGGUAUUUUUUUGGAGGGAAGCCUCAGGCUUCUUUUUCUGUGUGCUUAGCCUAAUAUUUAGGCUUGGGAGGGGUUUACUUUAUUGAGAGAGGUUUGUUAUGGCUGUGGAGGGAGCUCCCUCCAGUCCGUCUCUCCUGCCAGGGGAGAGAAAAGAAUACAUGACAAGGUGGAGGAGGAGAAAAACUAGUUGUACUCACUCAGCCUCACCUGUGUAAUCCUUCAUGCUUUUGUUUUGGGUGUGUGGAGGGAACCAAGAGGAGGAAAAGGCUAUAAAUAGCCAGCUCUCAGUACAAAAAUGUGUCGUACUUUUUGGGAGGAACUGUCCAUCACCUGUCCCGUCUCCUCAGUGAGGGGGUGAGGGACCAGGCAUAUGAGGGGAGGUACGAACCAUACCUGGGAGGUCUACCUGGGGCUCUGUUUUGGGAAGUAGCACAGAAGCAUCUUACAUGCCACUUCUCCCAUCAGAGCUACAUAGAUGGCUGAACACCAUUUGGGGCUGUCUAAGGAGCAAGCUUUUCUUUAUCCUCUUUGGCUUGCUUCCCUCAUGUAACCAGCUGAUCAGCUGUGGUGGACUGGAGGUAGGAAUGAGCCUACCCCUCAGAUCCAGCAUUUCAGUAAGAGAUGACCCAGCUGGCUUCCUCCUGGGUUACUGCCCUUCUCUCUGUCCCUUUCCUCCUUACUUUGUGUCAUAGGAAAGGCACUGAAGUGGCAGGGGACACUGUAACAG